AUGUGGAUUGUCUACCCACCCUCUGAUAAAGUGUGGGCAGCAAACGGAGAAGAGGAAGAGGGGGGCAAGAAGGCAUUCAUAGACGGGAUUAAGUUGUUGGAAGGGGAGCUUAAAUCGAACCCUUACUUUGGGGGUGAGACCUUGGGUUUUCUGGACAUUGCUUUUCUCCCAUUGUACUACUGGUUCCAUACAUUCGAAACUUUUGGGAAGUUCAGCAUAGAAGCGGAGUGUCCAGAACUGGUGGCAUGGGGUGAGAGGUGCAUGGGGGAGGAGUUCGUGUACGCCUCUCUACCACACCCACAUAAGGUCUAUGACAUGGCGGUAGAGUACAAGAAGAAACUGGGGAUAUAG